UUUUUUACAGUAAAUCACCUGUGCAGUCGCCGCCGCCGCCGCCGCAGCUGCCCGGGUGAGUACAAAGUACCUUAACACUUCAUUUCUCACAUCCACAUGUUUGGACGACAAACAAUUUCACAAUCACGCAGCAAAUUGCUGGCUAACCACUUGCGAUAUAUGGUUUUACAGGGCCAUGCCACCGACGACGCCGCCGGUGGUGCCGCCGCCGGUGGUGCCGCCGCCGGUGAUGCCGCCGCCGGUGAUGCCGCCACCGGUGAUGCCGCCGCCGGUGGUGCCACCGCCGCCGGGUAGGGAGAGAGCAACGGCGCCGCCGGUGGUGCCGCCGCCGCCCCCGCCCCAACCGCACAGAUACCGGUAUGUUUCGGUGCCCGCACCGGCGCCGUACCCGGCCUGGCCUUUGCCACCAUUUGCGGUGCCGCUGCCGGCGCCGUAUGCGCCGUGGCCGACGGAGGUGGCGCCGCCGUUCGCGGCUAGGGCCUCGCCAGCGGCUGACCAGCCAUCGACGACACCGCCGGUGGUGCCUCCGCGGCCGGCUGCCCAGCCGCCACUGGCGCCGUCGCCGCCGGCUGCCCAGCCACCGUCGCCGCCGGCUGCCCAGCCACCGUCGCCGCCGGCUGCCCAGCCACCGUCGCCGCCGGGACUGCCGCCACCCCGCCUCGCGCCCGCUCGCCUACCGAGAUAUCAGUACCGGUACAUACCGGUUCCGUCGUACCCCCCGUGGCCGCUGCCUCCAUGUGCGGUUCCGCUGCCGGCGCCGUAUGCGCCGUGGCCGCCCACGGAGGUGGCGCCGCCGUUCGCCAUGCCCGCGCCUUGUUUCAGCUACAUGGAUGCUGCGUCGUCGCCGCAGCCGCCUACGCCAGCGCCGCAGCCGCCACCGCCUGCGCCGCAGCCGCCUCCACCUGCGCCGCAGCCACCUCCGGCUGCACCGCAGCCGCCGCCGCAGCCGUUUAUUUGCUUUGUGCAGAGCCCGCAAUGGUGGCAAGGGCCCUCGGCGCGUGGUCGGGGGCGCGGCGGGCGCCUUGGCCGCGGGAGCGGCGGGGGUGGGCGCGGCGGGCGCGGUCGCGGUCGUGACACCUUUGGUCGGUGGGUAUACUUAAUAAAUUAAGUAAACCCACGCCAU